AUGGAACAGCCUCUCACUUCUCUCCGUGGGGUCUUGACGCGCCAAAAGCCGGUGAUCCCCUGCACUGCGCCGCCUUCACGAAACAAACCGUACGGUCUCUGGCCAAACCUGAACAAUUCUGUGCAGUUAUGGAAUGAAUUCGACCUUGACACUCUCAACAACAUGUACGGAAAGGUGCUUGACUUUCAAGUACCAAACGACCAGCUCAUCUGUCCCCGUCCACACCAGCACUUUGAUGGAGUUACAAUCGAUACUGAAGAGGAGGCCAAACACAUGAUGUCUUGGAACUACGAGAUGAUGAAACCCUGCCUUGGCUUUGCCAAGUCUUACCUCCAGCUUCAUGAUGGCACUCAACUUCGCCAUGAGUAUUCGUCUGUGGCCGAGCCAACCCGAGCUCGCCUUCCGAACACGUCGAAGAGGGCCAGAGUUGACCACAUCAUCUGGCUUGAUGAUAUAUCGGACGAAACUCUCGUCGUUGGCAUCAGCAAGACAAGCAACACUUGGUGCGGGAGCGCAAUCGAGCGUGAGAACAACACCGUGCGAAGCAUAGCGCCGUUGCGUCACCUCGCCAAUUUAUGCAAGCUCUCUAAUACUCGGUAUGGGUAUAUUCAGACCGAUGAGGAGCUCGUAGCUUGUUGCUUUACCAAAGAAACAGGUGCCACGGAGUUGGAGGUAAUGAUCAUGCCGAUUAAAUGGUCAAAGCACACCGUGAAUGCCCUCACGACCGAUCUCGCCCUCUGGUGGAUGGGCAUGUUGGCAAUGUCCGACCCGAAAAACCGUAUCAUUUUGCCAAAGGGGGAAAUGGCCCCUCUGAGCUCUCUGGGCUCCCCAGAGUUCCCCUACUUGGACCACCAACGAAAUCUUUUAGAGGAUCUACCAGACUCGAAGGAUUUCUGGUCUGUCGGCAGCUCUAUCGAGAACUCUACCGACUCUGGGGAUGAAGAUGGAGUUGAAGGGUAG